CAAAUACUCAAACUAGUUUCCCUAGAUUUUAGGAAAACCAAUUCUUAAAAAACUUGAUUGGAUGAAAAUUGGUUUUUAGAAAAACAAAAGCUAAAAACUACUUUAAAAACUGGAAACAAUCAACACUUGCAGAUCACCACUUCCUCCCCACGGCUAGCUACAUCUUUGAUUGGUAACAAACGGCUUCUGCUUCGAGAAGUGAAGUCAAUUCUGAAGAAGCAGACAACAACAUCCUUUCAGAUGGGAGAUUCUUCAUUUCUCGAUAGAAUGCUUCUCCAGCUUCGCUCCACUUGCAAGUACUACAGUGGUUACCCUAAGGAUCUGGGGCCAUCGAAAGUUAUCCAUUUUACAUCAGAAAGAGAGUUUGUCCAGCUCCUUCACCAGGGCUACCCUGUGGUCGUCGCAUUCACCAUAAGAAGUAACUACACACAACAUCUAGACCAGAUGCUUGAGGAAGCUGCUGCCGAGUUCUAUCCCAACAUCAAGUUUAUGCGGGUUGAGUGCCCCAAGUAUCCUGGAUUCUGCAUAACUCGCCAGAAAAGCGAAUAUCCCUUCAUUGAAAUAUUCCAUAGCCCACAACAAGCUGGUAAUGAAGGAAAGGUCCAGGAUCCAAAUGUCACCCGCUAUUCUGUGAAAGUCGUACCUUACAAUUAUGAUAUGAGCCCAUAUGGGUUCAGAGAGUUCUUCAAGCGCCAGGGAGUUCGUACUUCCGAUCCUAAAUGAAGCAAUCUUGAAGAAGUAUGGUACGAAAUAUUGCAAAAGCUUUUGCUUGUAUCAAUGGCUUCUAUGAGCUACCAUUGACUCCUUUUUUUUUAAGAACUAUUGUAAUAAAAGAAAAUUAUUUCUCAAGUAUGAGAAUUUUCCAAGUUUUGUGAUUUGCAAUGAAUCACAGUAAGUAAAAUCAAAAUGGGUAAAGAAAGGCAUCCUUUUGACUUCAUACAUUGUUGAUAUAUGCGUUAUAUUUUGUUUUAGAUACUUGAUAUUCU